AGGCAGGAGAGGAGCAGAGGAGAGUACGACGGGAAUGGCGGCCGCGAAUGCCGCGAUUAACGUGACUCUUGGUACGUGCUUUGUGACGUGCUCGUUGCUGGGUGAAAAACGGAUUCUUCCUCGCGAAUUUCAGGCGUCGAGCAAAAAUCCACGUUGAUAUCAUGUCAACUACGUGAAGACCGGAAGAACGAUCUCCCGCUGUCGCGUUCACGUCCCCCAGACAAAAAUGUCAGCAGAAUACAGCCGAAACGUUUUAAAAAUAGUCGUCGCACAGAUCUGUCAGACGAUAGGAUGGCACUCUAUAAAUUCUACACCACUGGAAUUUCUAGUAGAUCUGUUGCAGGAGUAUCUGUUGCGUGUCUCAAAGCUCACGCAUCAAUAUACGGAAGUUUUGGGAAGAACGGAGCCGAAUCUUGACGACUUGGGAUUAACGUUUCAAUAUAUGAAUAUUGAUAUACAAGAAUUAGCCGAAUAUGUGAAAAAUGUAGAUUCUGUUCCGUGUCCUAUACAAGUUCCGCAGUAUCCAAUUCGACGCGAGAAUCAUUUAAAUUUUUUAAAACCGGGUAGUCGUGAAGUUGUCACGAGACCAGUGCACGUACAUGAACAUUUACCGGCCAUGUAUCCGGAUACCGAAGACGAAUACGUACCAGAUAAGAACGAAAAUUUAGUAAAUGGCACAGCAGACUUGACGUCCAGCAGUGGGACAUCAUCGGGCAAUUCAAAUAACGCGUCACCCCACAGAAUGUCGCCGCAGGUGGUUUUCAAACGGCCGGGCGAUCCGGUGUCGUUUGAAAAUCCCAUAGUGAAGCGGGCGAAGGUUUUGGAGGAGGGCAGACCGUUGCGUGAAAUAAGCAGCGUUAUGAUGACCACUUCUGGUUUUUUAUCGCCCGCGCGAGAAGGAAAGCUACCUGAAGCGAGAACGCCGCAUCAGGUCCGAUCGGACUCGCCGCAGCCGAGCUCCUAUCCGAUGGUGCCGCCUGAAUUGAAGACCGAGAAGAAGCCGAAGAAGGUCGUGAAGAAAGGCCCCGAGGAUCGUAAGCUUGACAAGGAGAACAAGAAGAAGAAAGGCGCGAAGGAGCUGUUCAAGCCGGACAAGAUCGACGAGAGCAAGGUAAAGAAGUUGGUCGGCAUGAAGGAGCUGGCCAAAUUGAAGCCGCUAAAGCCAGGCGGCGGCAAGGGGCAGUCGUCUACCACGUUGCAGGAGCUCACGGGCAGCAGGCCGUCCACGCCGAAGAUCGCGUCGCCGAAAUCGGCCGCCAGUAGUCCGAAGCCGUCGAAGGCGACGCAGCCGAAGGUCAACAAGGCCGACAAGGCGGUGGAUCUGGCGGACAGCUCCGCCGCCGUCGAGAAGAAGGAGGAAACCGUCGACAAGUUGCCGUCGGAGCCGGAUAAGCAGAAGCUGAAUAUAUUCAAGAAGAUAUCGAAGCCGCGCGAGGAGAAGGAGAAGGACAAGGACAAGGACAAAGACAAAGAGACGACGGAGCCGCACAAGUACAAGGAUAUUCUGAACUCGCGCGAGAAUUCGCCGGGGCUGGUCAUAGACGUCGAGAAUGCGGAGAAGCACGCACACCGUAACGACGCGGACGCGAAAGGUGGGCGCGAGGAGAAGAAGACGCCUCACACACCGGACGUGCACAUACAAUCGGACAGUGAUUUGGCGGACGUGCAGAGUUUGUCGUCGGACGUUUACAUGUUCGAUGACGCCGACAUUUCACCGCCGGGCACGCCUAGCACGCCGAAAACUCCGGAAUUGAGUGUGCCCACGGUGCCGGAGCAGAAGCGGAAGAAGAAAGAGAAGAGUGGCAAAAAAAAAGAAGCUAAAGUGAAGAAUCCAAAACAAUGUAUCAGCCCGAAAAAGACGAAAUCCUCGAAUCCUGAUACGACAGAAUCGGAUAUGCCAGAUCGGCCCAAAACGCCGCAGGCACCUGAACCGCUUCACAGAGAGCCCAUUCUUCCGCUCACCCUUCCGUUCCCCUUUUUCCCUCACGCAUUUCCUACGGCACCUGGUUUGAUCCCUCCGAUGUUUCCGCGGUUUCCGUUGCCGCUUGGGCGAGGUGGACCAGGCCCGCAUCCCGCGAUGCCCAAUUUACCAUUGCCGCCGCGUUUUUCCAAUCCACCCGUAAAGCCCGAGGAUUUCCCGUUGUCCAAAGUUAAACCUGUAGAGCGUGAGAAGCCACUGAUCCCCCCACCGGCUGAGUUGAUGCCUCCGUCGAUUCCGGGCGAAAAUGAGAAGGCGGACAAAGAGAAGGUGGAUAAUAAACUUACGAAAUUGUUUAAGCUAAACAAAGAAAUGCCUUUCAUGAAAGCACCUGAGAGGGUACUGCCUGUAGGCGUUGCACCGCCUAUAGUGUCUGCACCUCUCGCACCAAUCACGCUUGCUACACCAACAGUACCCGUCGCGCAAAUGCCACCAUCGAAAAAUUCUAAAGCCGAAAAAGCAGAGAAGAAUGAUAUGGUAAAUUCGAAGUCGAAAGAGCAUAAGAAAGAAAAGAAGGAUAAAUUGAAGAAGAAGAAGGAUAAGAAAGAGAAACACAAAGAUAAAGGCGAGAAAGUAAAGGAAAAGAAGGAAAAGACUGAAAAACGCGAGAAAUUAGAAAAGCUCAAAGAAAAGAAGGAGAAAAAGGAAAAGAAAAAGGAGAAAGAUCAAAAUAAGAAAAAUAUGAAGGAAGAAAAGAACCCAGAAGCUGUUCCAAAAAUUACGUUAAAAUUAGGCACAGCUUCACCUAGACCGGCAACUCCCGAUAAUGCUCCCAUGAAGAAAAUAACUAUUAAACCACUUGUGAAGAAACCCGAUGAAGAGGUCAAGCGGGAACCCAGUCCAGAAUUGGCGAAAAUAUCGGCAUUGGUAACACGACCGCCAAAGCAAAAGUCAGCAAGUAAGAAAACAGAGGAGGGAAUAUUAGAUGGAAGCCCUGCUCUUCCUACAGACUCUUUCUCUGCCAAUCUUACUAGCGCGCCACUUGCAUCAGUUCCUCGAGCAAAGAAAUCUAACUUCCAAAAUCUAUCUCAAAAGGUGAAAGCAGACCCAGUUCCUAAAAAGGACGAUGCUAAAGAAGACAAAGAAAAUGGCAGGAACGUGUUGCCUACAACACCAACCACUACUGUGGAUCGAGGAGGUCGUCAAGUGUGGAUAUGUCCCGCAUGCGGCAACCAGGAUGAUGGCUCACCGAUGAUCGGCUGCGACGAUUGUGACGCUUGGUAUCACUGGGUGUGCGUCGGCAUGCAGGUUCCACCGGCUGAGGACGAGGAUUGGUACUGCCGAUUUUGUAUAGCGAAAAAACAGGAGCUGCUUCACGAUAAGAAGAAGAAAAAGCGGAAAAAGAAAGUGAAAGUAACUGCCUAGUAUAAGUCAACCGGGUCUAACUGCGCAAGACCCGGUGUCAUUAUACCAAGCAUUACCAAAGUCAAAGCGAAGGAUAACAACAAAAGCGGCAUCAAGAGUGCGAAAACGAAAAAGGUGUCCAAGAGUGACAUUAAGAUGCAAAUGAAGUCACUAAAGGGGAAAUCGGUAGCUACGAAAGGGAAAGCUACGAAGAGUAGUGUAACGAAAGUGAAGGCUGUAAAAAAGAAGUAGAGAAUUGUUACGUCGUACAAUGUAAUUUAGCUAGCAGGAAUUGUAUUUUGUAAACUACGGGACGAAUGUAAAUGAUUCUAUUCUAGCCAGCGUACAGAUAUUCUGUGUCUGUAUUGUUGAAUUCUGUAAUGCAAUAACGAUGUUUGUCGAUGUUUUAGUUAUUAAGAAAAUAUAUUUUAGUGAUAUUUAAGAUAUCGACAAACAUCGUCAAUAGAAUACCUCUGUGCUGGACGAACUCUUUUCUUGGGUUUUUUCUACUUUUAUGUACAGCUAUGUAUUGUAUUACUAACACUGUGUAGUUUAUUACACAAUGUAGACAAAUUUGUAGUAUAUUUUCUUAGCUCUAUUAGAGUCGUACAUUUUUCGCCUGCUAUAUAUGCUAUGGUAGAUUUAAUAUUUGGGACACUUCGAAAAAUGCAAAAUAAAAUGUCCAUUUUUAAUGCAUAUAUGUCACAUGAAUCAGUUAUGGCUGCGGUCCGAUUCAUGCUUACAACGCUCUUGGAAUUAUUUCAUCCUUGUUAAUCGAAUAUUAAAUAAAGACGAAUGAUGCUCACGAUUGCGCUGUUAUAAGCGUAAAUUGGACCUAUGUACAAUAA